AUGGAGGCACCAAGGCACAUCACUCCCAGGACUCUUCCUCUGAGUAACACACACACAGCUCUCCCACCAGACAACAAAAAUGAUGAAGAUGCUGCUCGGAAGCUCUCUCUGCCUGCUCCUCCUCCUCAGCUGCCUGCAUGAACAUGUGGAGGGCCGCGCUCUGAGCCUGGACAGCUGCUCCGUCAAUGUCCACACACAUGAACUGCGCACACAUUACAAUUCCCUACGAUCAAAUGCGAUAGCAGGAGACAGUGAGAUUGGAGUGAAACUCCUGGACAAAUCAAUGAUUAAGCAUGUUCAGGCCGGUCAGACGUGUUGUUUCCUGCGUCUCGUGCUGCGUUUCUACGUUGAGAGAGUGUUUGGGAACUACGCCUCCUCUCAGCCACAACAGCAACGCUGCUCCAGCGCUCUGGCAAAUGCUUUUGUUACCAUCAGAAGAGACAUCCAUAAAUGUCACUGCCAAUGUGAGGAGGACACACAGAGAAAGAUUGACUCUCUGCAUGCUGAGUUUGACAAGCUCGACAUAAACCAGGCUGCACAGAAGGCCGUGGGAGAACUGGACACUGUCCUGGGGUGGCUGGAGGAACAGAAAACAGACGGUUGAUUGGACAGAAACUCAGUAAACUCAACAGUGCAAUCCCAAAGUGCCUGCAUCUGAUGAGUCCCCGAUCUAACAUCAAAGAUGUAACUCUUGACCUGACAUUACUUGCAAGCAGAGUGAAGGUUUCUUAACUUCACUUCUGU